CAUGAUCCGAUCUGUAGCCCCACCAGGACGCCCUUACAUGUUUUUGCAACGAACUCACAGUUCACAGGGUGACUUCAUUUUGCGAUUGAAUCCGUAACCACAACAAUAGGCAAAAAUGGGCGUUGGUGCAAGCUUUGGCGCUCAUCGCAGCCACCCCAAGUUCUCCAAGCACUAUUGCCGCAUUAUCAAGCGUUACAUGCCACAUUUUCCGAUCACCGAACCGUCCGACAAUGAGGAUCGACUGGUAGCUUUCGAGCACUGGGAGCGAGUCUUCAAGGAAAAUAUCCACACUGAUGCACACCACGCUGUCGGGUCCGGUACCAAGAUCGGGUUACUGUACGAGAACUUCUACAAGUACCUCUUCGAUAACUAUCCGCACAUGAAGCCCCUUUUCCAAGCAUCGGUUCAGAUUCAGAGCCGCGUGAUCGUGCAUAUCAGCAGCGGCAUGAAGUCGCUCUUGUCAUCAGAGGAUCUUGUCCAGAAGGUGAUGAACUUGGCGCUCGUACAUCUCAAGAUCGGUGUGAAACCAGACGACUUUGACCCGCUCGGAGACUCUCUUAUCCAAGCGAUGCGACUUACUUGCGGGGAUGACUGGGACGAGAAGGUCGAAAUGGCAUGGAAAAGAAUCUACUGCCAUGCGUCAAUCCUCAUCUUGGUUAACAUACCUGAUCUUGACCUCACCGGACCAGACGACGACUAGCAUUCGUGGACAGCUUAGUACAAACAACACAGCGAUCAAUAGAGGUAUUCCAGUUUUCUGUGUACAACAGAGUUACCAUUACCGGUAUUAGGCUGCGCACUGUGUGUUACUGGUCAGGGGUGGCUUGCCCCCU